CGCCUUGCUGAGCUGGGUCCCCAAGCCCCCCCAAUCUGCAUGAAUGGGGUGGAGGGAGAUUUGACCGAAAAGCGCCCCGGCUCUCUCCGAGAUAUUGAUGGAGCCUUCAGGAACACAAUUAUGGACGACGUAACGAAGCGAGUGUUCAAGAAGGCCAGUCCUAACGGCAAGCUCACGGUCUACCUUGGCAAGAGGGACUUCGUUGACCACAUAGAUGUUGUCGAUCCAGUUGAUGGUGUUGUGCUGGUGGAUCCAGAAUACCUGAAAGAGAGGAAAGUUUUCGUGACGCUGACCUGCGCCUUCCGCUACGGCCGCGAGGAUUUGGAUGUCCUGGGCCUGACCUUUCGCAAGGACCUCUUCGUAGCCAACAUCCAGGCUUUCCCCCCGGUCCCGGAGGAGAAGAAACCCCUGACGCGGCUCCAGGAACGGCUGAUCAAGAAACUUGGGGAACAAGCCUACCCUUUCACCUUCGAGAUCCCGCCCAACCUUCCCUGUUCGGUGACGCUGCAGCCGGGACCGGAGGAUACAGGAAAGGCGUGUGGCGUGGACUACGAGGUGAAAGCCUUCUGUGCUGAGAAUUUGGAGGAAAAGAUUCACAAGAGGAAUUCGGUGCGCUUGGUGAUCCGGAAAGUGCAGUAUGCGCCGGAGCGCCCAGGACCCCAGCCCAUGGCGGAGACCACCAGGCAGUUCCUCAUGUCCGAUAAGCCCCUCCACCUGGAGGCCUCCCUGGACAAAGAGAUCUACUACCAUGGGGAGCCCAUCAACGUCAACGUCCACGUGACGAAUAACACCAACAAGACGGUGAAGAAGAUUAAAAUCUCAGUACGCCAGUAUGCAGACAUCUGCCUGUUUAACACAGCCCAGUACAAGUGCCCUGUGGCCGUAGAGGAAGCAGACGACGUGGUGGCCCCCAGUUCAACGUUUUGCAAAGUCUACACACUGACCCCGUUCCUUGCCAACAACCGGGAGAAACGGGGCCUCGCGUUGGAUGGGAAGCUGAAACAUGAAGACACCAACCUGGCCUCGAGCACGCUGUUGCGAGACGGGGCCAAUAAGGAGGUUUUGGGCAUCAUCGUCUCUUACAAAGUGAAAGUGAAGCUGGUGGUCUCCCGAGGAGGCCUGCUGGGAGACCUUGCGUCCAGCGACGUGGCCGUGGAGCUGCCGUUCACCCUCAUGCACCCAAAGCCGAAGGAAGAGCCACUGCACCGGGACGUUCCAGAAAACGAAGCUCCCAUUGACACCAAUCUCAUAGAGCUUGACACAAAUGACGACGACAUCGUUUUUGAAGACUUUGCCCGGCAGAGGCUAAAAGGUGCGAAAGAUGAGAAGGAAGAGGACGAGGACGGGACGAACUCCCCGCAGCUGAACGACAGAUAAGCUGGAGGGCCUCCAUGCGCCGCUCUCUUCGUCCCUCUCUCUCUCUCUCUCUCUCUCUCUCUGUCCCGGAGUCUACCCUGUUGAGUGCUAGGCUCCUUUCUUUUUUAUAUGAGUUUUUGGGGUUGGGGGGAGAUGGUUGCUUUGUUUUUUAGACCUGAUUCAGGAGCCUUUGGGCAAGUCGGCCAGCUUGGGGGGAAAAACCCGGCUGCUUCUUUUGACCACCGUCGGGCUAGUGGGCUCCAAGGCCCUCGACCUGAGCGACGUCUAGGGCACAUGUGUGCGUGUGCAUAUGUGUGUCCUUCUGUGUGUUUUCCUGUGUGCAGUGGUUGAAAGAAGGAGGGAGACCAGCCUGCGAUCACUGUGCUCUGCUUUCUGGUUUGGUCCCGGACGGGGGCAGUGAGGGCGGAGAGAGAGAGAGAAAAGCAUCUUCUCCCUCUCUAGGCACCGUACAAGCUGGGAAGGGGGGGGGGAUCACUCCGUGGGCUUGUGAGAAGGAAGUACGUCUUCAUUCAAUGCUUGAUAAAACCUUACGGGAACAGUCCUGCAAGACGGGGGGGGGCUAUCUCUCACCAGGGUUAUUGGCAAGUCUUUGCUACCAAGUCCCACGUCUGAGUCUUUGGUAUCAAGUCCCAGCUCCAAGUCCUUAUUAAAACCAAGUUCCCCCACCUACCCAAGAAAACAGGGGUGGGUGAGUUCCCAAGCCAUUGGGAAAAAAA